AUGGCCUCGUCGUCAAAGUGUCGUCCGGAGGAGCAGGCGCCGCCCGAUGUCUUCUAUAACGAGUCCGAGGCGGCCAAGUACCUGCACUCGUCGCGGAUGAUCGAUAUCCAGACGCAGAUGGCGGAGCGCGCGCUCGAGAUGCUCUGCCUUCCCGAGGACGAGGAGUGCCUGCUCCUCGACGUCGGCUGUGGGACCGGCCUGUCUGGGGAGGUGCUCGAAGAGGCGGGCCACCAGUGGGUCGGCUGCGACAUCUCGCGCGACAUGCUGAAUGUCGCUCAGAGCCGCGAGGUCGAGGGAGACCUGUGCCACCACGACAUGGGCUGCGGCCUCCCCUUCCGACAGGGCAUGUUUGAUGGCGCAAUCUCGAUCUCGGCCGUGCAGUGGCUCUGCUACUCGGACCACGCCGAGUGCAACCCGCGGCAGCGGCUGCUCGCCUUCUUCCAGUCGCUGUACAAGUGCCUGCGCCGCGGCGGCCGCGCGGCGCUGCAGUUCUACCCUCAGGACGGCGACCAGCUGCAGCUGCUCACCGCGUCGGCCAUGCGCGCCGGCUUUGGGGGCGGCCUGGUCGUCGACUUUCCGCACUCCUCCAAGGUGCCUUCUUCCGAGACGCCCGAGACACUUCCGAGACAGACUCGUCCGGCGGCGGACCGACCCGAGACCUUGCAGACCCCUCGGGAGUGCACCGCCCCUCCGCCGCUCGUCCUACGGCGAGAGGACCGGAGCUAUGGGCGCAGAGACGGGCGCGCCACGACCAAGUCGCGCGAGUGGGUCAUCCAGAAGAAGGAGGUGCAGCGGCGGCGCGGCGCGGUGGUGCGCGCCGACUCAAAGUAUACCGCGCGCAAGCGGUCAAAGGUUCGGUUCUGA